GCUCCAAGUGCAGCUCAAACGCCCCUCUUUUCUUUCGUCAACGUCGGCAGCACGUAGCGUGUGUGUGUGUGUGUGCCUGUGUGUUGACGGGAAAAGAAACAACAAGCACACAGCAACAACAACAAAAGAAAAAUGUUAGGCGGUCGCCACUUUCAGAAGAAGUUCGACAAGAAGCAGAAGAAGAAGAAUGCAAAGAGAGAAGGUCAGCCCCAUGCGCACGGCAAGAGCCCAGGCGGUGGCGAUGCGCCGGCCGCGCUGAAGAAGAAGGACGGGAGCAACGUCAAAGGCCCCAUUGUGUCGUAUGGCGACGUAACGGCCUCUCGCGACUCGGCCAACAAUCGCAAGAAUAUUCCCUUCUCCAGUGCGAUGGAGGAGAAGAUGUACCGCAAGGCGCACCGCGUACCGAAGUACAACGCUAUUGUGAACCCGACGCAGCAGAAUUUGGCGAAGGCGACGGGGGCGAGCAGCGCGGCACAGCGACGGCGUGUGCUGCGCCAGAAGGGCGACGACGAGCUGCUCGACCACUUCCGCAACCGCCUGAACGCCAGCACUUUUCGUCUGCUGAACGAGCAGGUGUACGCCGCCCCGACGACGCUGGCGAGCCGGCUGCUGCGCGAUGAGGCGACCUUCAAGGACUACCACACCGGGUAUCACCAGCAGCUCGUGCAGUGGCCCAUCAACCCCAAUAGCGUCAUAGUGGAAUCGCUGCUCGGCGACCGCCGUGGCCGAUUUCUCGCGAACAAAGGCAAGAGCAUGCCCGGGUACAUUCCACCUUCCUGGGUGGUGGCGGACAUGGGCUGCGGGGAGGCCCAGAUCGCCGCGGCGCUGAAGCCGAAGGGCUACACGGUGCACUCGUUCGACUUCUGCGCACUGAACCCGAACGUGACGGUGGCGGACACAACGAAGGUUCCAUUAGAGAGCAACAGCGUGGACGUGUGUGUCUUUUCCUUAAGUCUCAUGUCGACCGACUACGAAAGGAGCCUAUUUGAGGCGUUCCGCAUUUUGAAGCCGAAGCGUUUGCUUAAGAUUAUCGAGGUGCGCUCACGCGUGCCGUUCCCGCGCAAGUUUGCCGAGAUGGUCGAGGACAUCGGCUUCGAUGUCGACUACACGGAUGUGGCGGGCGAUUACUUCGUCGUGUUUGACUUCAUAAAGAGGGACGGACAGGCGAAGGCGAACACGGAGUUGCGUCAUCGACCGGGCGACGUGCUCGUGCCGUCCUUGUAUAAGAAGCGAUGA